AAGGCAUCACAACCACUUCCGGCCUGCCACAAGCAACAGUUCGACCCGAGUAACAGUAUGUCAGCCAAAUUCAGCCUGAUCUUUGCCCUGGCGGCCCUCUGCUGCCUGGUGGUCUCCACCGAGGCGGCGGCCCAGCGCAGCCGAGUCCUCAGCUCCCGCCGUGGCUCCGAGCUGGUCGAGAAGAGCACGGACGGCAAGGAGGAGUCCGCUCUGGCCGCCCAGGAGCAGGAGGUCGAGCGACAGGAGCAGGAGCAGCAGAAUAACGAUCUGGAGGCCCGCAGCGAAAAUGGCGCCGUUGCCACUGAGAACAAACAGGACCAGGACUCCGCCACCGCCACCAAGGACAAGGACACCGUUGUGCGGCCCAACAAGAAUGACGCCCGUGCCCGCCGCGUCGUUCGUGCCGGCCGUCGUCGUGGAGGACGCCGGGGAGGUCGCCGGGGUCGCCGCGGAGGUCGCCGAGGUCGCCGCGGUGGACGCCGAGGUGGACGCAGGCGGGGUGGACGUCGUGGCGGCGCCCGUCGCCGUGCCACCGUCAAGAGGCGCACCGGCAAGGGCAAGGCCUAAGAAUCUCACCUCCCACCUAAGACUUACUGCCCGAUCCACUGACUCGAAUAGCACAAAUAAACAAUAUUUUUAAAAACGUA